AUGUCAACCACGACGGAGAAGCCGACCUCCGGCUUUGCAGAGCUCUCCAAAAACAAGAGAGUUCUAUCAUGGUGCCUCCUAAUCUUCAUCUUGCCAAUCAACUUUGGCUACGAGCUCGCCUUGGUCGGAAACAUUCUCGCCAUACCCUCCUUCCUGAACAAAUUCGGAGUAACGACAGCCACCGGUGGGAAAGAAAUCAGCACCCAUGAUCAGCAGAUCCUCAACGCUUCAACCACGAUCGGCGUCUUCGUCGCGGCGUACACGACCGGUUUCAUCUCGGACAUCAUCGGCCGCCGUCUCGUCGUACUCCUCGGAUGCGGUCUCUGCAUCGCCGGAAUUAUGGUACAGGGCUUCUCGAACUCAAUCAUGAUGCUCUUUGGCGGAAAGCUCAUCAGCACUGUUGGCUACGGACUGGGCCACACCCUCGGACCGGUCUACGUCGCAGAGAUCGCCCCAGACUCUCUGAGAGGUGUGUGUCUCAUCCUGAUCAACACGAUGAUUGUCCUUGGACAAUGGUCUUGCGCCUUGGUCGGAUAUGGUGGUUCUUUCAUCGAAAGUGACUGGGGAUGGAGGCUGCCUGUUUUCACUCAGUUGGUGCCACCCGUUUUGGUCCUCGUUUUGGGUGGUCUUUUGCUGCCAGAGUCUCCCACCUGGCUUUUGAUGAAGGGCAGGAGGGAAGAAGCCACCAAGGCAUUGCGGAAGUUCAAUGGUCCGAAGCACAAUGUCGAGGAGACCCUAGCCAUUAUGGAAACUACACUCGAGAAGGAGAAGGAGCUCAACAACAGAGGUGCCUCUUAUCUCGAGUGUUUCAAGGGUCCCAACCUUCGCCGAACCACCAUCGUGGUUGUCGUUUAUCUUGCGCAACAACUCGCGGGCAUACUGAUUGGUAAACAUAAUUACUUCUUCACAAUUGCCGGCGUAGGCAACCCAAUCGGCAUCGCCCAGGUCUGCUACAGCAUCCAGCUCCUCGGAAACAUCUGCUCCUGGUUUCUCGUGGAACGCACCGGCCGACGUCCUCUCAUCGUCUGGGGCAUCAUCUCGAUGUCUGCGCUCUUGCUGCUGAUCGGAGGUUUAAGCGUGAUUGAGAACAACCAGCAGGCGCUUGCUGCAGUCGUGGCCUUCAUGGCUCUUUGGGGUUUCCUGUAUCAACUAUCCAUCGGCGCGGUCGCUUUUGCCGUGGGCGGCGAAACACCGUCACCGCGCCUGCGUCAAAAGACCUACUCAAUCACGAUCAUGAGCAACACCUCAGCAGGUUGUCUUGUUACCCAGCUUAUUCCGUUUCUGAUUAAUCCAAGCAACGCAAACCUGGGAGGAAAGGUAGCCUUCGUAUUCUUUGCCCCGUCUUUGAUCUGCUCUGUCUACCUGUUUUUCUGCUUCCCUGAGAUGAAGGGCCGCAGCUACCUUGAGCUGGAAGACAUGUUCCAGAAGGGCUUACCAGCGAGGAAGUUCAAGGAUUACAAGUGUGAAGUGGAGACUGUGGAGGGUAAGGACGGAGAGAAGGUCGCGGUUGUGCUCAAGGAUUGA